AUGGCUGCCGAAGGUCGCCGCGAAAGGAAACCCUCUGUGGGAGCUCCCGUCUCCGAGCUUCAGGGCCCCGUUGGCCCCAGCUUCAGCCGCCCCAAGCACAGACGUACUUUCACCGGUUUUGGCCCAGCUGAGAUCAAGAGUGUCGAAGCUAGCAUUCCCGAGCACCUGAGAGAGGCGUGGAAGAAACACUCCGUCAACGGCUUUACCAACAAAGAGGAGUUUGAAAGUGAAUUGGUUCGCCACAUUGAGACCACAUUGGCUCGCUCGCUAUACAAUUGCGAUGAAUUGGCUGCGUACUCUGGAACGGCGCUAGCCUUCAGAGAUCGCUUGAUCAUCGAAUGGAAUAAAACCCAGCAACGUCAAGCUUCUGCAGACCAGAAGCGAGUUUACUAUCUUUCGCUGGAGUUUCUAAUGGGCAGGGCAUUGGAUAAUGCAAUGCUCAACGUUGGUCUGAAGGAUGCUGCAAGAGAGGGUCUGAAGGACCUUGGCUUCCGUAUCGAAGAUGUUAUCAGUCAGGAACAUGACGCUGCCUUAGGUAACGGAGGCCUGGGACGUUUGGCUGCUUGUUUCCUUGACAGCAUGGCCACACUCAACUAUCCCGCGUGGGGCUACGGUUUACGCUAUCGAUAUGGUAUUUUCAAACAAGAGAUUGUGGAUGGCUAUCAGAUGGAGGUCCCUGACUACUGGCUCGAUUUCAACCCUUGGGAGUUCCCUCGCCAUGAAAUCACGGUCAACAUCCAAUUCUAUGGUUGGGUUCGGAAGUAUCAAGACGAAAACGGCAAAACCAUAAACUCAUGGCAGGACGGCGAGACUGUCCAAGCAGUGGCAUACGAUGUUCCCGUCCCCGGAUACGGCACCCGCACGACGAACAACCUACGUCUGUGGUCCGCCAAGGCUUCUAGCGGAGAGUUCAAUUUCCAGAAGUUCAAUGCAGGCGACUAUGAGAGCGCCGUCGCGGAACAGCAACGCGCAGAAACUAUUUCUGCGGUGCUGUAUCCGAACGACAGCUUGGACCGCGGCAAGGAGCUUCGAUUGAAGCAGCAGUACUUCUGGUGUGCUGCUUCCUUGUUUGACAUUGUUCGACGAUUCAAGAAGACAAAGAGAGCUUGGAGCGAGUUUCCCGACCAGGUGGCCAUUCAGCUCAAUGACACACAUCCGACACUGGCCAUUGUUGAGUUGCAGCGCAUUCUGAUCGACCAGGAAGGUCUGGAAUGGGACGAGGCUUGGGGAAUUGUGACGAAGACAUUUGGUUACACCAACCAUACCGUCUUGCCUGAGGCUUUGGAGAAAUGGUCUGUCCCGCUGGUACAGAGCCUCUUGCCCCGGCAUCUGCAAAUUAUCUUCGACAUCAAUCUAUACUUCUUGCAGUUCGUGGAGAAGAACUUCCCCGAGGAUAGAGACAUGCUGUCUCGCGUGUCGAUCAUCGAGGAGUCGCACCCGAAGAUGGUGAGAAUGGCUUAUAUCGCUAUCAUUGGAUCUCACAAAGUGAACGGAGUCGCAGAGCUGCAUUCAGACCUUCUGCGAACCACUCUCUUCAAAGACUUUGUGACCAUCUACGGCCCAGACAAGUUCACCAAUGUCACCAAUGGUGUAACCCCCCGUCGUUGGCUUCACCAGGCGAACCCCCGCCUUUCCGACUUGAUAGCUUCUAGAUUGGGAGGCUACGGAUUCUUGACCGACCUGACUCUUCUGGAUCGGUUGGAGGCAUUUGCUGAUGAUAAGGCCUUCCAGAAAGAGUGGGCAGAGAUCAAGACUGCCAAUAAACUUCGUUUGGCGAAGCACAUCAAGGAGGCCACUGGCUAUAGCGUAAACCCGAAUGCUUUGUUUGACAUUCAAGUGAAGCGUAUCCAUGAGUACAAGAGACAGCAGCUCAACAUCUUCGGGGUCAUUCACCGAUACUUGAAGAUCAAGUCGUUGUCCGCCGAGGAAAAGAAGAAAGUCUUGCCGCGGGUGUCAAUCUUUGGUGGCAAGGCCGCUCCAGGCUAUUGGAUGGCCAAGACGAUUAUCCACUUGAUCAACAAGGUCGCCUCUGUCGUCAACACCGACCCUGAUGUUGGCGAUCUUCUGAAAGUCAUUUUCGUCGAGGAUUACAAUGUCAGCAAGGCCGAAAUCAUCUGUCCCGCUUCGGAUAUCAGCGAGCACAUCUCUACGGCGGGUACUGAAGGAAGUGGAACCAGCAACAUGAAGUUUGUGAUGAACGGAGGCCUGAUCAUCGGUACUUGCGAUGGAGCCAAUAUUGAGAUCACCCGAGAGAUCGGCGAGCAGAACAUCUUCUUGUUCGGCAACCUUGCCGAAGAUGUGGAGGAGCUCCGCCAUCGCCACCUGUACGGGGAUUUCCAGCUCGACCCGCACCUGGCCAAGGUCUUCGACGCGAUCCGUGGCGGUAUGUUCGGCGACGUGAACAGUUUCUCGGCGCUGCUGGCCUCGAUCAUCGAGCACGGAGACUACUACCUCGUCUCCGACGACUUCAACUCCUACAUCACCACACAGGAUCUGGUGGACGAGUCGUUCCGCAACCGCGAAGAAUGGAUCUCCAAAUCCAUCGUCAGCGUGGCUCGCAUGGGCUUCUUCUCCACCGAUCGCGUCAUCAGCGAAUAUGCGGAGAGUAUCUGGAACAUCGAGCCUCUGGUCGUGAAGGAUUAAUGAGAGGGUCCCAUCGUACAGUACAGUCUCUAGCAUGGUGACCGGAUCUUAGGGAUGGGCAAGAGAGAGAGAGAGAGAGAGUGAGAGUGAGGGAGCUUUGUAUCUGCUUAGUUUGCUCAUUGCAGAGUGUCAAUACAGCC